UGUUAGCGACGUUGGCGUCGGUGGCUGGUGCGUCCGGUAACAUAACGCGCAGACACCGACUGAGCCAUCAACAAAUAUUCUCCAAAACGGAGUAAAACAUUGUGUCAUUUCAGGCUGACGUUCCCAAACAGUUUUAGCAAAACAUGUCAGGAGAUAUAAAUAUGCACCCCGAGAAGCCCAAUGAAUUCAGUGACGAGAAUGAUAAUAAAGGCGAGGAAGACGGCAAAUCACCCAAUGACCUGCAUGUGGAGUCAGCCACUGUUUAUGGAGGCUGUGAGGGCCCUGACGCCAUGUAUGUGAAAUUGGUAAGCAGUGAUGGACAUGAAUUUAUCGUCAAGAGAGAACAUGCACUCACCAGCGGCACUAUCAAAGCAAUGCUCAGUGGCCCUGGCCAAUUCGCUGAGAACGAGGCUAACGAAGUCAAUUUUAGGGAGAUUCCAUCGCACGUGCUCCAGAAGGUGUGCAUGUAUUUCACCUAUAAAGUUCGUUACACCAACAGCAGCACGGAAAUCCCAGAGUUCCCAAUAGCUCCUGAAAUAGCCCUGGAGCUGCUCAUGGCUGGGAAUUUCCUGGACUGUUAGAAAAUUUAAAGAACUCAGCCCGAAGCAACAAAAAUGAACGAUAAUACUGGCAAAACUCGGGUUCGUGAUUGAGAAAAUAUGCAACUAUCCAGGAGUCCUUAUUUUUUUUUUAUUUUUUCGCCUGUAUAUAUUUUUCUCUUCAUUUCGUUAAGGGGAAACGGACUCUUUUUGUGUCCAAAAAUAUUGAUAACUUUUUUUUCUCGCACACUUAUUAUCUUUUAUUUGUGAAAUUACAAUUACGACUACUACUUCAUCGAAUCGAUCAUUCCAUUGUUAAGUGAAUUAAGGAGUUUCAUGAAUAAAAAAAAAAUUGUUAGAGGAAAGUAUAUCCUUUGUAAAAUUCAUGUAACCAUAGGGGUUCCGUUACCCCUUAAGUGCUAAUUAUAUCAGUGAAUGCGAGCUUUUUCAAUGAUUUGCUAAUAACAAGGGAUUAAUUCGUAGGAUACUUCGAAUUCUGGUCAGGGCAUUGAUGAAGUUAGUCACGUCGUGUUCGAUUUCAUUAAAUUGAAUUAUUGUAUUAUGUUUAACAAGCACUAGAACUGAGAAUGAUGAACGUAAAAUUGAAAAUUGGAUUUAAUAAAAAUAUAAAAAAAAUCAAAUAACUUCAUAAGUUUAAAUGGAUAAAAUGUUACGAAUAAAAUUUUGAAAAAGAA